AUGUCGAUUCCAGGGCUGGGGCAGAUUCCUGCGCAGCAUGUCGAAUCCUCGACGCGAGUCGUUUCGCUCCGCAAAGCCGACGAGUGGCGCUUCCACCUCACACCAGGCGCUUCGAUCCUCGUCAAGCUGCUCUCCGGUACGGCCGAAAAGGACGGCGUGGAGCUCGCGCCGCGCAGCACGUACAAGUUCACCGGUCCGCUGCGCAGCAAGCUGCUAACCUGGCACGGGUGCGAUCUCGAGGUGGACGGGCGGGCCGAGCACGACAGCACAGCCACGUUCCGCACGCCCGCCGAAAACCCCGCAACCUCGCAUGUCAACCUGCAUGGGCGGCUAACGGAGAUGCGGGCAGCGGCAGGGCGGGCGCGCCGCGAGGGCCCGCGAGUGCUGGUAGCGGGCGGGCGGGCGACGGGCAAGACGACGCUGGUGCGGACGCUGGCGAGCUACGCGACGCGGCAGGGCCAGCAGCCGCUGGUGGUGAACGCGGAUCCGGGCGAGGGUGCGCUGAGCCUGGCGGGCACCCUGAGCGCGGGCGUCUUUGCGACCGUCAUGGAUCCGGUCGCGGUGGGCGGCGGCUGGGGCGGCACCCCGACGAGCGGGCCGAGCACGGUGCCGGUCAAGCUCCCUCUAGUGUACUACUACGGGCGCGAGUCCCCGGAGGAGGAUGCGGAUGUGUACAAGCGCCUGUUUGGGCGGCUGGCGGACGGCGUGAGUGGACGGCUGAGCGAGGACCCGGACGUGAAGACGGCGGGUGUCUUGGUGGAUUCCAUGGCCGUGGAGGCGGGCAGCGCGCGGGGCCUGGACCUGCUGGCGCACAUGGUGGAUGAGUUGUCAGUGAAUAUUGUCGUCAUCGUGGGUACGAGUGGACUGAAUGCAGAUAUUACGAACCGCUUCGCGACGGAAAGGACGAGCUUGGGCGAACCGAUCCAGGUCAUCACGCUGGACAAGUCGGAUGGCGUAGUGGACAGGGACGAGUUGUUUAUGGAGCACAGUCGCGAGGCCGUCAUCAAGGAGUAUUUCUUCGGGGACGCACGGCGGACGCUGAGCCCGCAGAUUCAGCAAGUCGACUUUGACAGUCUCGUUAUUCACCGGCUACCAGACUACUCCGACUACGAGACCGACACGCUGGUGCGGGAAGAGGCGUGCUCGUCCAUGGAGCACUGGACGCUGGCGGUGAUGCACGCAUCGGUACGCGACUCGGCCGAGACGAUCCGGGCGGCGGGCGUCAUGGGCUUCGUGUACGUGGCCGACGUGGACGAGCAGAAGCGCAAGGUCAAGAUUCUGGCGCCGGUGAGCGGGAGGCUGGGCGAUCGGCCGUUGGUGUGGGGGCGGUGGCCGGAGCCGUUUAUCAAUUUGCUGGGCUGA